AUGAUUGCUGCAGUAUGGAAAUCUUUAAUCCUUAUGGUAGCUUUUGCGGUAUUAGUAUCAUCAAGGAUACACAAAUUGCCUCUUGUGGAUGAUGAACGUCACUAUGUAGAUUUAACUACUUUUGGAUUUUUCCAAGGUGGUAUCCUAGAUGUCCAUAUGAUUAAUUUUAAAUUACCAUCGGGUCCAGUACUAGGCCAGUAUGGUUUUACACUGGACAGAACAGUCAAUGAUGCAAUUAACCCAUACUUGGAAGUACAUUCAGAUACAUGUAUAUUAAAAGGAGUUGAGACAAAUGAAGCUUUAUUAUCCCCACACCACCCUGCUAUUGUCUUCUUAAAAUUGGAUUUUCAGAAUCUCAGAAUCAACAUCACAUGUGAGGGCGAAGUGACAGCACUGCAUUUAUACCAGAAUAGGUCAAUGAUCCCAAUAGACAGAAUUAAAAGACAGUCGCAGUAUAUAUUUUUGAAUAGACGACGAAGGGCUGCUCUAGGGUUGGAGAAAACAGUUCAAACAUUAGGACCUCAAUGUUCUUAUGCUGUACUACCAAUAACAAAAGAAACACGAAAUGGCUUUGAUUACUACAACACAAGCUUCGCCAUGUAUGUUGCAUCGGACAAGGAAGAAGGACUAUAUAACUUGUAUUUCCACAACUGUCCUGAUAAGGGACCAGAUCCUGAUCCCACAAUUAAUGCCUUGAUAGAAAUAUAUGAAACUAACGAUGGUAACUUUCUCUCCGCCGGUGAGAUGCCACUGCCGGCUUUGUACAGCAUGAUGUCACUUAUAUUCUUCUUAAGCGCUGGUUUCUGGACUUUUAUUCUUAAAACGAGUCGCCACAAAGUCUACAGAAUACACAUAAUAAUGUGCGUGCUGGUGUAUUUGAAAGCAAUGUCACUUGCAUUCCAUGGGAUCAACUAUCAUUUUAUACAAACACGUGGAGAACAUGUCACUGCCUGGGCAAUAUUGUACUAUAUUACCCACUUGUUAAAAGGUGCUGUAUUAUUUGUGACAAUAAUACUAGUUGGUACUGGUUGGAAUUUUAUAAAACAUAUCCUAGCUGAUCGCGAUAAGAAAAUAUUUAUGAUAGUCAUACCGUUGCAAGUAGUAGCCAAUGUAGCAGAGAUAAUAAUAGCUGAAAGUGAAGAGGGCGCAGUUGAACAUAACGCGUGGAGGAUACUACUUAUGUUUGUUGAUAUGCUUUGUUGCGGGGCGAUUAUGUUCCCAGUAGUUUGGUCAAUUCAUCACCUAGAGGACUCCUCAACGACAGACGGCAAGGCUGCUGUCAAUUUGCGAAAGUUGAAAUUAUUCCGACAUUUCUAUUUGAUGAUCUUGUGUUACAUAUAUUUCACAAGGUUUAUAGUAACCAUACUUGAGAACACAGUACCAUUCCAAUACUCGUGGAUAGACGAGAUGUUCCGCGAAAUGGCAACUUUUGUGUUCUUCGUUAUGACGGGGUAUAAGUUCCGGCCUGCCGCCGCUAAUCCUUACUUUACUCCUACGUAUGACGACGUCGAACCUAAAGUAAUAUCGGAAAUUGGUGUUCUCGACGGCGUAACUAACCGUGAGAAGAGACGCGAAGACAUGCAACCGUUGAUGCAAGAGAAUUCCGAUUGA